AUGGAGAAAUUAGGUAAUCUUUUUGAAUUCUUUGUCACUGCAGGGAUCAAAACUAAUGAUUAAGGUAAUCAUAAGCAAUCAAUCUAAUUGUAGAUGUGAUUCUUUAAUCAUGUACUACUGCAAAUAAGAAGGAUCUUGCUAUACUUACUAUAUUUCCUAAUCCAGUUGAAAGAAAGAUGAACCAUGUUUUAGCAGAUAUUGCCAUGGUAAAAUAUAAGAAGAUUAUUAUAAUUUAGUGGUGCUUCCCUUUAGGAGUAAAGACUAUCAAAGAGGGGGACAAUAGAUUUACAAAAAUAGAAGAAUAUUUUAAAGAAGAUGAUGUUUAAGCAUCUACAAAUGAGAUCAAUUACUUUGUUAUCAAUGAUUUUAAAUAGCAUAUCAAGUUUUAUUGUACAUCCGCAUGCUUUUACGAAAAGAUGUUCUUAAUAAUGCCACCAAAUGAUAAAUUAAUGUAGGUAUUUGUACCUAAAGCUUUUUGUGUCAUAUCUCGAUAUCCUGCUUUCAUUCCACAAAGGAGUUUUUUGAUGCAAUUACUAAAAAUCCAGAAAUUACGUCUUUCAUAAAAUAGAGAAAGAGAUAAAAUAAUUACUAUAAAAAGAGGACAAUAAGAAUAUUAGAUUGAAGAAAUCAAACUAUAUGACUUUUAUAUUAGAACAGCACUUACUUAAUGUCCUAUUGUAUAGGAUAAGUAUUUGUAUUUCAAUAAAUAGCAAGCGUAGAAUAUAGGUUAAAGUUCAGCAGUUCUGAGAUCUGGAUGAAUUAUUAUGUCUCCAACUCACAUUUAACAACACACUUUUCUAUUUUUAAGUUAUCAAAUAACCUUUUUGAUGUUUUAAUUUUCAAUUAACCUAUAUUUAAUUUGUACAAGUUACUUUUAUACAUGAUGCUUGAAUAUUAGAUCAUAAUAGUAUCUCGUAAACCUGCAGGAAUAACAUUGUUUUGUCAAUCUUUAGUAGAAUUACUUGUUCCUUUAUAAUGGCGUGGACUAUUUAUUCCAUAUUUAAGACCUGGAUCAUUUGAUUUUCAUAAAUCCUAACUACCCUAUAUAAUUGGUUUAGAUAGAAAUCUUUAUGAAAUAGUAAAUAAAAUAAUUUAAAUUAGUCUGAAAAACCAUUGCCAAAAGAAUUAAAAAGAGUGAUUUAUGAUAUAGAUGAUGGACGUAUACUAUCAAGAUCAGAUGAUCCAAAAUGUCCAAAAUAAUAUUAAAAUUAUUUCAUUCGUAAAAUGAAUACCGUAUUUGCAGAUCUUAAAUUUUAUGAGAAUGUAAAUAAUAUAUAUUAUAAUAUAGGAAAUCUUUGAAGAAGGUAUAAUGAAAUAUCGAUAAGCAUUUUAUAAUUUUAAAUUAUUAAUGCUAAAUGAUAUUUAUAAGUACUUCAGUACUGAUACAUCAAAUUAGAAAUCAGAGAAAAAGAUUGUUAUGUUUGAUUAUAAGAAAUUUCUAACUUCAUUUGAAAAUUAAGAUUAACUCUUUUUUUUACAAUUCCUUAAAACUUUAUCUUUUUAAUAAUUUGUAAAAGAUCUCUAUAAAGUUAUGGAAUAUAGAGAAGAGUUUAUUAAAAAUAACAUAUAAAAUGUAGAAUACUAUUUUAGUAGUGUAUUACAAUUCUUUGAUGAUGUGAGAUUUCUUAGUAUUCGCUUUGGAGAAUAAACCUUAGAUGAUAAAUUAGUAAUACUAGAAAAUCUACAAAAUAAUUAUAUUAAAGCAGUACUUGAAAGAUAAAAUGAAUCCAGUAAUUAUAAAGUAGUAGAAAUGAAAACAACUGAUUUCAUUCCUGAAUAUUUGGAACAUCUUAAAAAUAGUAGUCUUAAUCUUAGUAUGGAAAUGCAAGCUUUAGCUAAAUUCAUUUAAGCAGCUCCCUAAUAAGAAGAAAUAAUUGUUGAAUAACAAUAAAAAAUAAUUUAACAAGGUGGACCAGAUAUGAAUUAAUCAGAAGAAUAAGAUAACAUUUCUUAAUAAUCCUCUAAAAUUCAGUCAGAUAAAUCAGAUCAACAUAGUUAAUUUCAUCAUUCAUUACCUCCCUAAGAAAAAGUCAAUUGGGAAUUAUAAACUAUAGCUGUAAGCAAUGCAUCAGAAUAUAGAAAAUAAUAUUAAAUUAAACAUUUAAAUCUUAUAAAUAAAAGGAAUACUUUUAAAAGAAAGAAUCUCUUAGAAAAUGAAGAGGAAGAAGAAUAAAUGUAAUUGAAUCAAAAUACAAAUACAAAUAACUUCAUUGUGACCAAUAUUGCAGAUAAAAAUAUGCUUAGUCUGCCUGUCAAAGAUAAUUAAUCAAUGGCAGCUAGAUCAUAUUUUAAUAAGAGCAUGGUUCCUUUAAUUGGAGAUUAUGGAAAUGCUGAGAUUAUGGUACCUAAUUAAGAUAAUAUGAUUUGA